CGAAGCCAGUGUUGCCAGAUUUCCCGCCCUAUCUGGCCCAAUCUGGCAACAGUUGCGGGUUGUCGGUCGUCACGCCGUGUUAUUUUACCAGGAUAGUAGAGCGGAUGGUAGGACGGUACCGCCGGGUUAUCACAUCAGUAGCGGGUAUAUAUACAGUAUAUAUAGGGUAUUGCUCGUAGGUUUUCGACCGUACAUCGCAGCUGGUGUUGCAGUAGUCAAACAGCAAUACAAGUUCAACAGAAGCCCGGGUUAAGGGAGGGUUAAGGAGGCUCCUGGUCGGACCGGGAUGGUUUCAAGCUGGAUGAAUUGAUCAUCGACCAGGCUUGUGUGUCUUAAGUGUGUGAAUGUGUAACUGUUUAUGUGUAAGUGUGUGUGUUAUACUCUGGGUUAGUAGCAGAACAAUGUGCUGCGCAGACUCUAUUGCCAUCUGCAGGGACUGACACACACACAGCUACACCUAAAUCGAUGCGGUCUUCCAGAGGUGCCUCCUUCCUGUGGCGGAGAACCCAGAAGCAGCAGCAGUAUGUCCCGCGUGUCAUCUACGGCCAAACGCUAUGGGGGCCCCUCCUCUUACACCAGCCACUACAGCUCCUAUGGCUCCUCCCUCACGCCGGGCCUUAGCACGGCCUACAGCGAACGGGACAAGGCCUCCUCCUACAGGUUACCCGUCACCUCCACCUCCACCUCAGGCUACUCUUCUUCCUACUCCUCCUCCUCGUCCAGUUACCUGGGCAGCUCUGCCUCCCGCGCCCGCAACUACAGCAGCUCCUCUGAGCCUGACCGGGGCCGGGCGGUGCCAAGCCUCCUUGGAGUGGGGCGCCGUAGUGAGAGCUUGAGCCGCAACCCGAUCAAGAGCUACUCCGGGUCGGGCCUGAGUGCUGGUGGGACGGCGUACCCUGGCUACGGAUACGGCUCCUACAGGUCGCCUUCCACCACCUCCUCGGUCUACCCCAGCUACCUCUCCUCCUCCUCCUCCUCCUCCUCAGCCACCUCAGGCCUCUCGCUUAGCCGGCGCAAGUCUGUGUCCCAGAGUGACCUGAGCCAGGGUUUGUCCUCGCUGAGCCUGACUGACCACUCAUACUCCUCCGCCUCCUCCGCCAGCGCCCUGAGGAGUUACCGGGAUCCAACCCGUGAGGCUACCAAUACGUACGGUGGUGGUGGCAUCAGCUCCUGUGCCACCUACCCAAGCCUCUCUCGGAGCAGCACCCAGGAGGCCUUCGUCAGCAGCAGCAGCACGCACACCAGCUCCCCCAGCAGGGACUCCACAAACUCCAAGAGUGCACAAGGCCUUGUGGGAUUGCGCAACCUGGGAAACACAUGUUUUAUGAAUAGCAUCCUGCAGUGUCUUAGCAACACACACAGUCUGAGAGACUACUGCCUGCACAACUCGCACCGCAGAGACCUUAACAACAACAGCCGCACCAACACAGCCCUCAUGGAAGAAUUUGCCAAGCUGCUCCAGACCAUGUGGAUGUCGUCCAACAGCGAUGCUGUCAGCCCGUCUGAGUUCAAGACUCAAAUCCAGAGAUACGCACCCAGAUUCGUAGGAUACAACCAACAGGACGCUCAGGAGUUCCUGCGCUUCCUACUGGAUGGCCUCCAUAACGAGGUCAACAGAGUAUCUGUCAGGCCCAGAGGCACCUCUGAGGACUUUGAUCACCUCCGGGACGAGGAGAAAGGGAAAAAGAUGUGGAGCAAAUACCUGGAGCGAGAGGACAGUAAAAUAGUUGACCUGUUUGUGGGCCAGCUGAGAAGCUCGCUAACCUGCAGUCAUUGUGGCUUCUGUUCAACAGUCUUCGACCCCUUCUGGGAUCUCUCGCUGCCUAUCGCCAAGAAGGGCUACAGUGAGGUGAGCCUGAUGGACUGCAUGAGGCUGUUCACCAAGGAAGACGUCCUCGACGGCGACGAGAAGCCUACCUGCUACAGAUGUAAAGCCAGGCGACGGUGCACCAAGAAGUUUACGGUACAAAGGUUCCCCAAGAUCCUCGUGCUCCACCUUAAGCGCUUCUCUGAGGCCCGCAGAACAAGCAAACUCUCCACCUACGUCAACUUCCCCAUGAAGGAGCUGGACCUGCGGGAGUUUGCCUCAGGGAACAGCACCAAUGCCGUGUACAACCUGUAUGCCGUGUCCAACCACUCAGGCACCACCAUGGGCGGCCACUACACGGCCUACUGUCGCAACCCCACCUCAGGCGAAUGGUACAGCUUCAAUGACUCCAGGGUGCCACUCUAUGACAUGCAAAUGCAGACCGAAGCGUCAUCAACACGCCCCCUCAAAUGGUGUGAAAUGCCGACUUUCUACUCCUCAUUCACAUAUAAGGGUAACGCCAAUGUCCUCCAGCCAAGUGCGCAGUAGUGAUGCGUACGUGUUGUUCUAUGAGCUGGCCUCCUCCUCACGGAUGUAAACCCCCCCCGUCAACCCCAUCUCCCCCCUCAUCCUCUCCUACGAUGACGCUGAACGACAGGAAGGCCAAGGCGCCACAGACACAGACACACACGCAAAUGCACACAGACAUACACACAGAUGCACACACACACACACUCAGACACACACACACAAGCAAAUAGAGUGAAAAUAAAUAAAUCUCAUUAUUUUCUUCCUCAACCCAUCUGGUCAUUAUCGUCCAAUUCCGCUGAAACAGUGUGUGUGUGUGUGUGUGUGUGUGUGUGUGUGUGUGUGUGUGUGUGUGUGUGUGUGUGUGUGUGUGUGUGUGUGUGUGUGUGUGUGUGUGUGUGUGUGUG